CAACGGUCUUGGUCAGAUCCGUUGAGGACUGAACAGCGGGCCACACUUAAGUGGGCUAGAGCGUGGUGUGUAAAGACUACCUGUACUUGGCAAGCCUGCUACUCACCAAGGACUGAUUGGGAGAGUAUUAUAUAUCGUUGGACUAUACCUGUCAAAAAAAUAUGGAACCUGAAAAUAUGGAGUCUGAAAAUACAGAAACCGAAAAUAUGGAAACUGAAAACAUGGAAUCUGAAAACAUGGAAAUUGAAACCAUUUCUUCAGUUUCAGCCCUGCAAGCUCUCUCUAAGCUACUUUAUCCUGAAGAGGAUGAUUUUGAGGCUGGACAGCCAAAUUGUUCAUCUGCUUUUGGAGCCAUGGGUCCUGGGAAUAUUGGACCACCAAGAAUAGAAGAGCUCAAAGUCAUCCCUCAAAACAGUGAUGAAAAUGUCGAGGAUAUCUGGAAUCCAGAGGAAGUUCCAGAGGGAGCAGAGCACCAUGACACGUGGGAUGUUAGAGAAAUACCAGAGUAUGAGAUUAUAUUCAAACAGCAGGUGGGAACUGAGGAUAUGUUCCUAGGAUUUUCGAGAAAAGACUCUUCAACAGCAUGUUGUGAAGAUCUAGUGGUUAAAAUUAAACUGCCGAAUACAAACCCUUCUGAAAUUCAAAUUGAUAUCCAGGAAAUGAUCCUUGACCUUCGCACUCCUAAUAAGAAGCUGUUGAUAACCCUUCCCCACCCUGUGGAAUGCAACAGUGCCAAAGCUUUCUAUAUCCUGGAGACGGAGACUCUUGAAGUCGCCCUAACAAUGAAAAGAGACUUGGAUUUUAUUAACUUCUUCUGAAGCUUCAUGAACAAGAAGGAAACAUGGUAAAACAGCACUGCUAAAAAAUUUUUAAAAAAACCUUUGAAAAAUUGGCAAAUGUCUCCUAUCUUUUUUAUUAUUCUGACAUAGUUCAUAAAGGGUCUAAAUUCAAUUCUAGUGAGUUCCUGGUCAUUUACCAUCAUUCCUAUUACUCUGGUGGGAAAUACUGUUUUCUUAUAUUCAUAAGUUAUUCCAUUUUUUUGGUGAUAGCUGGAUAGAAUUUGCAGGUUAACCAAUUAGAUUACUGCAUGGUCAAUUCAAACUGAAAUAUGACCAUGAAAUGGUUGGUCCACUUAUUUCAGUAGUCUGAAGAACUUAAGCCAAUUAAUUAUACUAUGAUACAAUCAGUUCCAUUGCAAUUGGUCAUUAUUAUGCCAGAAAAGUUUAUUUGGCUGCCUUCUCAUUGAUUUGAUCAAAUGAUUUACAGUAUUCUCUGGUUAGGUUCUCACAAUCCUGGGAUGUACAAAUAACAAAGGAUUAUAAAUAGUUUGGUACGCUAUCCUAAACAACAUGUUUUACUUGAAUAAGAAAUACUUCAGAACACACAGUGUUAUUUAGCUUCCUCAGUCCUGCUUUCAGUAUCUGGAUCUGGUUAGGUUAAAAAUCUUCUUCCUUUUGUGCACUAAUAAUUACUAACAAUACCUUUUGGACUACUGUGUGUAUAUUUAGUAUUGAAAUCCUUGACAUUU